UAUGGAUAAUACUAUACAACGUAACGAUACUACUGAAUCGAAUUUUUCUAUUAACAACACAAUAUUAGCCUUUGGUAUAAUGAUGAUGCUUGAAUUAAACACUAUUACGUUAUUUUUACCGUGUUUCUGUUGGGUUUUGUGCUUGGAUAAUAAAACUUUGCACAAUCAUAGAAUUAAGGUUGGAGUAAUAUCCUAUAAUUUUUCGUUGAAGACUGAUUCUUCUAGCGAUGAGGAGCCUGACGGUGAUCGUAAUGACGAAUUUAAUAUUCAAGAGGAGGCGGAGGAGGAAGAGACGCCUGAAAUAUAUGUUAGAGAGAGAUCUCAUUCUCUUGGUCAUUAUCGUGUUUCUACUAUUCAGGAUCAAAUAGGAUUUUUGGAAGGAUGUGAUAUCGAAGUUAGAAAUCAAGCAGCAAGUCCACCUAGUUAUAGAUCAAGAGCGCCAAGUUAUUCAUCACAACCACCUUCAUAUUCGGAUACGAUUUUCAACGAUGACGACACAUCAGCUAUCACCUGCUCCCAAAAUAGUUGCCAAGCUGGUUUUCAACUUAAAGGAAAGGGUUGUUAUAAGAUCUACACAAAUUUGGCUUCUGGUGAUCAAGCUAAACAGAUAUGUGAAACUGACGGAUAUUCAUUAGCAAGUUUAUAUCUUAAAGAGAGUUACGAGGCUGUUAAUGAAUGGUUAAAUUCUGGAGUCAUAACGGACUCCUGCUUAUUAAACGGCGCCUAUGAUACAGCUAAGAAACGUUGGUACUGGAAUACAAAAUUUGGUCCUGUUGAAUUUGAUUUUAAUUGGGUCCAGUUUGCUGUAGGUGAACCGAAUAAUGUGAGUUACUUUUAA